GUAAAAGCCAAGUGUCCAAGUGUCAGUUGAGAUGAACAAGAAUUAUGGACAAGUGUCCUUAGACCUUGAGGUUAUUUAUUUUAUUUUUAUAUUUUUAUAUUUUUAAUUUUUUUUAAUUUUUAUUUUAAAACGAAGAACAUGUUGUAAGUAUAAAUUGAAACAUUGACCUGAGCAACAACCGUGCUCCAAUUCUCUUUUUAUUUACCCUCUCAGUCGAAACAUUUACACUCUCCUUUCAAUGGCUCGACAACAAUUCGACCCCAAAAACCCUGUUUACCCACCUGGUUGUUUCGAAGUAACCUCACCUCCAAACAAAGUUAUCUUUCGUGAUCCCAACAACAUUGGUGUUCCUGAAUUGAACUUCAACAAUUACAUGUUCUUUGGCCCUACGGGUAAAGGUGGCACACUCCAAUUGCUGAGUGAUCAAUGCAUCAGAGACAUCAUUCGAAGUCCAGAAAGCCCGUGGGAAUCGGAAUUGGAUGGAAAGCAGAUGAUUGUUCCAUCAGGUAUCCCUGCUCCCGCACAUUUACCAAAUUUAGUUGACAUUGUUGGUAGAAUUAACAUUGUUGAUGUUUUUAAAAAACUAAACAAAGGUGAUAGUGUAGAUGUGUCUUAUGAUACUAGCCUCAUUAGUGAGGUCAUUCCUUGUUUCCUUGAGAGUCUUAUUAACCCUACCCCGGACAUAGAUGUAGCAGGUCCGGUGUACCCCCUAACUGCUAAGAAGGUAGAAACAUCUUUGGCUUGCUACAGUGAUGGUUUCCAAGUGUACUAUCUUCAUGCCAAAUUGAGUGAAAUAGUGAUUACUACGUGUGUUGGUAGGAUUAAGAUUGACCCUUUUCUUAGGUUCAUGGAUGUUGCACUUGAUUGUAGCUUCAAAAAAGGUAGUCCAUCAUUUGACUUAGGCUCGAGCAUUGUUGUAUGGAAUGCACAUGGUGUUACCCGUCCUUCAUUUAAGGGGAAUCUUAUUGAUGUUGUUGCUGUACACAACCCAAUCAUUUACAUUAAAACAGAACUUAGAGUUGGUAGGAAGAACUUUGAAGAGGUUGUUAAGGUUCUAGGUAACGAGGUUGACUGGUCCCUUGACGAGAGUAUUGGGAUAUGUGGUGGCGUGGCUGUGAUUUGGAAUGAAAGAAAGGUUUCUUCGGGAGAGUUUGUUGUUGCUGUAAUAGGGGAUUGCCCUUCGAGGGUCCUAGGUGUUCUUAUGCCUGCUGCUGCUGGUUCUUCAUCCGCCGCUGCUGGCGAGGGAAGUGGUUCUUCGGCUACCACUGCUGGCGAGGGAAGUGGUUCUUCAGCUCCCGCUGCUGAUGCCUAGGAUCUGUUGCUGUUGGGGGAGGUGUUAUUUCAAAAGAAGUGUUGAUGCUACUUAUUGUCUUAAUUAUUAUCGUUUUUAGUUUAUGUAAUUCGUAUGUAGACGGUUUGUAUUAAUUAAGACUUAUGUGACUCGAGUAAUUUGUUUAAUGUAUGAAUUAAGGCAAUGUAAUUGCCAUUGUGUGUUAUGCAUUACUAUAAUAGUAUUAGUUGAAUGAAUUUUAGUAUAAUAGCAUAAUGGGAAU